AUGGAUCAGUCAUCUAUCCUCAGUCUCCUGUCCACCAGGAACACAACACUUACCAACAACACCAGAGUCCGGUCGCUACAUUUACCUACCAUGAUUCCUAUGGAUCCUGAGAAUAUAACUCGCUGGAAAGAUUUCAAUCUUAUCAAUAUCAACAAUGCCUACGGAGACUUGCUGAGCAAGCCUUCAAACAUCAUCCUAGGGCAAGGAGACGACAAGCAUUUCGGUAACCAGUCCGAGCUCCGGAACUACGCCUUCGAUCCAUUGAUUUCCACAUUGCGUCCGCUUGUGUCCGAGAGCGCGCGUGUGCUUGGCCAGAGACUCGGCUUCACUCCCGCCAUUGACUGGUACCAGGAUGUGCCUUUGGCUGGCCCGCAAGUCGUUGGAAAUGCUCUCCGUCCUAGCUUGACGAUUUUUGCUGCCACGACUCCUCGCACAAGCCUUGUAACUAGCAUGGUCUACGUCUCAAGCGCCUGGUGUUCCACGGAUAUUGAAACCGAUGGACGAGAAUCUACAUGGCCUGUCCAGCACCUUGCGAAAUACGCCCAGCACAGCGGGAAUCAAACGCGAUUCCACGUAGUGCGUGCGGCGAAGGAACCCUAACGAUCAACCUGGCCAUAUGGGCUCUCAUCAUGAUGAGCAUGAACAACACCGAUCGGUUGUCGAGUAUGCAUGAACGAUUCCCAUAAAUGCCUGGUCGGCGCACGACGGUUUGUAUUGCAACCGUCUUUCGGGGCGCCGCCUCCCGUAUCUCCCAAC